GGCCCGGAUGCGGGGAGCCGGGGAGGCGGCGCGCGGGGCUGACGGCGCCCUCCGGAGCCGGGCCUGAUGACCGAACUCCAGCCCGAGGUGGACGACGCCAAGACUGCGAGAGUGCCCGGCAAGCGGGAGGGCCGAGUCGGCUCCGCCGCCUCGGAGGCCGAGAAUGGCGUGGAGGAGAAGAAGAGGGGGUGUAGGUCGCCAGCCGCCCAGUCGCCCACCUCGUCCGUGGAGGCCGAGUCCCCGGACUCGAAGAGAAGCAUCAGCCUUUGGUCAAAAUCCAGUUUUGAUGGUGCCUCUUUAGCAAGCGAUAAGAAUGACUAUAAAGCAGAAGGCAAAAGUGACUCUAAGUCUGAAAGAAAGAAGUCCUCGUCUUCCAGCCAGUACAAGGCGAAUAUGCACUUUCACAAGCUGUUUCUCGAGGUCCCAACUGAGGAACCACUGAGGCAGAGCUUCACCUGUGCGCUGCAGAAAGAAAUUCUAUACCAAGGGAAGCUCUUCGUAUCAGAAAACUGGAUUUGUUUUCAUUCCAAGGUCUUCGGAAAGGACACGAAGAUUUCCAUCCCGGCUUUCUCGGUUACCCUAAUAAAGAAAACCAAAACUGCUCUCCUGGUGCCAAACGCCCUGAUUAUCGCGACGGUCACAGACAGGUACAUAUUUGUCUCCUUGCUGUCGAGAGAUUCAACGUACAAGCUGCUGAAGUCGGUGUGCGCCCACUUGGAAAACGCAAGUCCCAACCCAUGUAACACUCCCAACCCGUGCUGUGCUGAAAACAGUUUCCGGGCAGACCGCCCCUCGUCCCUGCCUCUGGAUUUCAAUGAUGAAUUCCCAGAUCUGGAUGGAGUGGUUCGGCAAAGGCGGCAAGACAUGGAAGGGUACAGCAGUUCCGGCUCCCAGACCCCCGAAUCGGAGCACUCCCGAGAUUUCCAUGUGACAGAAUCCCAGACAGUUCUGAACGUCUCCAAAGGAGAAGCAAAACCAACCCGGGCAGAUGCCCACGUGAAGAGAGUGCCAGAAGGCAAGGCCAAGAGUGUCCCUGCCCACAGUCAAGUGGAAACAAGUGGAAUCUUGCAUCAAGUCAGAUCUCAGAAAUGCCCGACUCUCCACCAUAUUCUUAUAUUCUAUGCAAUUGUUGUCUGCGCGUUAAUCAUCUCGACCUUCUACAUGAGAUACAGAAUUAACACUCUGGAGGAGCGCCUGGGGUCACUCACCUCCUUUGUGGACAGCCCUAAUACUGAGCAGACAGCACCCUCCGGCCUGGGCUCGCAAGUCCAGUUAAACGUGGAAGUCCUCUGCCAAGAGCUUUCAGCUAACAUAGUGAAAUUAGAGAAGAUACAGAACAACUUGCAGAAGCUACUUGAGAACGGCGACUGAACGGGCAGGUUGCCUGGGCCCACGUCAUACCUCACGUUUCCCCCUGCGCAAGGUGCUCCCCGGCGUCUGGCGGAUGCUCCCUGCUGGUCAGAGGCGCGAGCAGAUGAGAGCCCAGACACGUUUGCACUUGGAGGGCUCCAGCUCAGGAAAGGGGGAGGGGGAACAGUUUGGUUCUUGUGCAAUAAACGUCGAGCUCGACCCUGGGAGGAAGUCACUGCUGCUGCUGCCCGGAGCACACAGAUCCCCCUCGGGACGUCUCUGGCAGCUCCCGGGGUCCGUUCCGGAUGGGUUGCAGUUCAGCCGUGAGCAGGAUGGCGUCAGCAAACACUCCACUCCCCGGCCACCCUCCGCCUCUCUCCCGUACCCUCUCCUCCACCAGCCUUCACACCGCACCAGCGAACUCACUGUGAUCCUUUGAAUGAGCCGUGAGUGUCCAAACAGGCAGUCGACGGCGCCAAGUGGACAGAUUGGCUUCACAGAAGUCACAUCUGCUUGUCUUUUCUUUCUGCUGUUUUCUUCUUGUUUACCUGCAUAUCUUAGUGUCGCAAUUCAGUUUUGGCAAGAAUGCCAGGAGAAGUAGACUCAACGACCCUGUGUGUGUGUUGUUUCCUUCUGUAACUGAUACUUAAUAGCAGUGAUUCUCACCCGCACCUCGAGACAACAGUCUGAGGCACUGGACUCAAGUACUAAAUUCCACUCACUAUGAAACCAAAACUAAUCUGUAAACCAAAAGAGGUAAUAGUGUUUUAAUACAGAAUGACAAACACUGAAUUUUUUAUAUUGUAAGUGGACUGCGUUAAGCAGUUUGGAAACAAGAUGUCGGUAUUUAAAGCUAAAACUAACCCAUUUCAGUUUAACAAUAGUUACGUUUUCUUCCUUUGCUGACGAAAAUUAAGAAAUAACUGGUGUUUGCUAACUUUAUGAUACGGAUUGGCUGGUUUUUGUUAAUUAUUUAGGGUACCAUGAGAUCUCUAAGUGCAAAAGAUAUCCUGUUCCUAUCAGUAAUGCAUUUUUAUAAUCAUUUCUAUGAAAUGUCUUUUGUUUAAUCAGAUAAGCUAAUAAGUGAGUUGGUUCCAUCAUUUGUAUUUGGUAGCCUAGUGGAGCAACUGUGCCUGGUGCACCAAUGGCUUUUAAUAAAUACUCAUUGGUUAAAACCUCCU